AUGCCGCUGGCAAAGACGAGCAAGGCGCCCACGGCCCGCACCCAAGGCGGACUGCGGAGCUUGCCGUCGCCCGCGCUGUGCUUCGCGUGCGGCCUGUGCGUGCUGCUGGCGGGCGUGAACGUGACCCUGGUGGGCGCUUUCGCCGCCUUCCUGCCCCGGUACAACACGCCACUGGUGGUGGGGCCGGUGCUGCUCGUGCUGGCGCUCGGUUUCUUCGCCGCCUGCUGCGUGUGCAGCCGCCGGAGCCCCUCGCCCCGCACGCGCUCCUCGGCGACGGCUGGCCAGGGCGGCGGGCGCGCAGGGCCUGUGGCACUGGAAAUGGAGAGUAGCGAGCGCACGGCGCAGGACACCACGGCCGUGCAGCUCAGUCCCGCCGCCUCGGCCGCGUCAUCCGGCCACUCUAGCCCCGGCCUCUUCGCUCUGGAUGCACCUGCACCUGCGACCACAGCCGGCCACCUGCCGCGCACGGAACAGACCCAGCUCAAUCUACCCAGGGACCGGGCUGCCUCUUAGAGGGCCAGGGCCCCUGGCUGACUGGAUUCUCUGUUUAGUGCAUUUUAAAAGAAAACUUGAAAAAGAAAGUCUUAUAAGCCCAGGGACUUGGCACUAGUGUCCUCAUCUGUCCCUUCUCCAUGGCACUGGGUCUCAUGCCGCCAAGAAGGGUGGGAUCUCUAAGCUCUACUUCACUGCCACUCCCCCUCUCCACAUUGAUGAAACUGGACCCUGGGCCUGGGAACCUCCCCCCAGCCAUUUGAACACUAUGGAGGAAGAAGCAUCUACUCCAGAGGGACUACUUAGGCCCUGGGACAGGAAGAGAGAAGGAAUGGCAGGUGGCAACCAGACUCUGUGCACUGUGAAAGACCUCUAGCCUCCUACCGUUCCCCUUCUUCCUUGUCUCUACCCCAACAUACCCUUUAGGGUUUUGAGGAACAAAGCUUCUGACUUCAGCCAGGAUGGUCCAUGAGAUAAGUUGAGACCACCCUUUUUGUCUGACUAGGGUCAGGGGAGCUGAAGCUGGGGGUCUCAGUGGUGAGGAGACUUUCCAAUCCUGAAGGUCCCUGUGUGAUUUACACUGCCAGCAACACCAGCCACCCAUGACUGUGCCACAAUUGCGCAU